UCCGCGGGAGCAACGGAAAUAAUCCUAAACAACAAACGAAAGAAUUUUUCAUUAAGACUAGAUCUAUCACAGAUCAUGAUUUUUUAGACUAUUCUAGAUCUAGAUCUAGAUUCUAGUUUAUUUGCAAAUCUAGAUUUAGAUAUCUACUUGUUGCUUGGGAUGUGUGAUAUUUAAGAGCAAUUACGAAUCUUCGUUUUAAGUCAGAGGGAAGAUUUUUUUAUCACCACACAUUUGAAAAAUGAGAUCAGGUCGAAAGCCCCGCAGCUUAGUUGAGUUUAAUGCUGAAGAUGAGCAGGCAGAAAAUAAAUUGUUGGAAGAUGCAGGGAUUGAUGGGUAUUCUCAGAAUCAAAUGACAGAAAAGGAAAAAAGAGAGUUUCUGGCUGCAAUACUUGAAAGUAAAAGAGAAAGCCCUGGACCUUCAACUAUAAGGGAGUGUAGGCCACAUGGUGAUGCUCAAGUAAAGGAGGUCUUGGAAGUUCAAAGGAAAUCAAGUAAAAGAAGUUUAAAAGGUGAUGUUGAAGUCUCUAGAGAAAAGCUUAGGAAGCAGACUCCACUUAGUGAUGAAGAUGAUUUUAAAAAAUCUCCUGUUAGCAAAAUGUCGAUUGGUAAAUCGAAAUCAGAUAAGCAGUCUAAAGUUAGCUCAGCAACCAAGAAAGUAGAUUUUCACAUUACCCAGGACAAAGAACUUCAGGAAGGGGCUAUUGAAAACACUUUCUCUGGUAAAACAUUGCCUAGAAAGAACAUGUCAAAAGAUACUUUUUCUGAACACACUGAUCCCAAUGUGGGGGGAAAACAACAGUGUGCUGGAAGAACUGUUAGAUCUAAGAAAGCUCUUUGGACAGAUUCAGGAUCACUCUUUAACAAGCAAUUUAAUACUGAUGUGAAACAAGAUUCAGCUGUUCUAAAACCUCCUACUUUAGAUACAAUUAAUGAGACAUCAGAAGAUGUUGCCUGUGGUAACAAGGGUGGAAAAAUUGAUGCCAGAAAGAAUGCUGUUCAGAAUGAGAGAGCAAUGAAAAAAAUGCAGUCUCGAACUGUGCAAAUCAACUUAUGUCCGUUAAGUGAAGCUGGUUCUAAAUGUGAGAGUAUCAAAUCUGACACCACUACAAAAUGUGAUCCAAACUCCAGGUCAAGUCGUAGAGGGGCUAUUGAGCAGUUGCAGCCUGCAGCACAGGCUUCUCGAGGAAGAUCAAGCACUCAGUCUGCAGCUGAUUCUCCUGAAAGUGUUUACUUUUGUGAGGAUGAGGAUGAUGAUGAUGAUGAUGAUGAUGAUGACACUCAACCACCUGAUGACCUCAUGUCAGAUGAUGCCAUUAGUGUUCCUUCUAAGUCUCUCAGUUCACAGCACUAUGCCCAAAAGUCUGACCGCCACAACGAGGAAUUAGAAAUGGAGGAAGAUAUAGAUGAGGAAAUGCAGACUAAUGAUAGUGAUGGAGAAAAAGCCAAUACUGCUACUUUGUCAGCAAAUGCAGUCCCAGACUUCUCCAAGCCUGGAAGCUCAAAUAAAAUGGCAGAGGAUGUGGUCAAGUUACAGCCUGCUCAACCUGCUUUUUCUUUCUUAGAGCAAUCUGGUAACGAUCAAAUGGAACUUAGAAGAAUAUACCCAAAACAGAUAGAGCAGAGAGAUAUGGGUAUAUGGAAGUAUAUUUUACCCCCUGAGGGUGUGAAACACCCUGAUAGACACGCUGAGGUUGUCAAGUUGGUCUUUGAUAUUUAUCACCGGCGUCUUCGACGAGCACAGGAACAACAUAAAGGUGAACUGUUGCCCUGGGGGAGGCCGGUGUUGCCUGGCCCUCACCACGAGGGUUGUCUGGUGGCCAAGUUCAAAGGGAGAAAAGGCCAAAGUGAAGAAGAGAAUGUCCGGAUGUAUAGAAAAAAACAUUUUGACAACCUUGCAUCAAGGGACGAUAAUUCAUGGACGUCUAGAAGCAACACUGAGCAUGUUAAAGGUUUAGUGGAUGACCCAAAACUUAGGAAGCCUAGAGGUGGGCAAAAUACUCAGCUGAAAGAGAAUCUGGAUCACCGGAGACACAGGGCAAAUGACAGGGUUAGCAAUGUCAGAAGGGAGAAUGAGAAUGCUGGAAGUGUUUUGAAUAAUAGAGGAAAGGAGUCGGCCACAGAUAUUGAUUCACAGAAACACAAGUUGGCUAUUGAGUGGAAACAGACAGAAAGGGGUGUAAAGCGGAAUCGAGAACAUGGUGAAACAAGUGCUGUGUUAAAAAGACAGAAAAAAAAUGAUCAGGAUAACGGUGAAAAUUCUGACGAAGACCGUGAUAAUUUCCCGAUGAACUACAGCAAUAAUUACUCCAGUAGUGGCCCUGCAAAUUCUUUCAAAGUAAUAGAUCCUAAUCGGGUGAAAUUUGUUUGGUCUGAUGAUGAGACUCUACCAGAAAUUCCAGAGCUUAAUAAAAAAACUGACCUUACGGCAGGUGUUGGGUUAAUGUCACCAAAGAGCAGACGUCACCUUAAUGAAGUGUCGGCUAACCUGGGUAAUUUUCACUUGACUCUAGAUGAUGAUUCUAGUGAUGAAAACAUAGGCGAUAACUUGAAGUCCUCUAAUCGCACUGAAGAGAAAACAGUUGAGGACAAUCCUGAAAAUUCUAAACAAAGCUCUUCAUCUCAAGAGCUCAGCAGUCAAAGUUCUAAUUCUUUGUUGGAUCCUAAUGGCUAUGUCUACAGCACACAGUUGACCAAUCACAGAAGACUGAGGAAUCAACGAGAUACUAAAUCUUCUCACAAAUCUAGAGAUUUAUCAAAAAAUAAACAUGAUACUAGUUCCCCUUCUAAAACUAGAGAUUUAUCCAGGAAUGAACGUGAUACUAAUUCCCCUUCUAAAACUAGAGAUUUAUCCAGGAAUGAACGUGAUACUAAUUCCCCUCCUAAAGCUAGACAAUUGUCCCAUAAACUGAAGUUAAAAGAUAGUGAGAAUGAAAAGAAAACAACUGACCUAGACAAUUUAACUCGCUGUGACAAGAAAAUGAAUAGAAAGGUUUCCAAAACCACCAAAACCAGCCUGAAAGGUAAAGAUAUACAAGAGAUUGUAGAUGAUGUAAACAUGCUGGAUGUAGCUGGGCCAUCACAUGAUGCAGAAAAAUCAUCGGCACUGUUUAAAGACAGAAAGAAGGUGGUUCAUAUUGAUAAUGUGAAGGAUGUGAUUACAGCUCCUUCUGCCCAACGUCAAGGUAAUGUUCUAGGCACCAAAAAACAUGAUUUUAUAAAUCUGGAAACAGAUGAAAUAGAAGCAGCGGAUCCAGUUGAUGAACAGUUACGGGGAACAUCAGAGAAUAAGACCAUGAAAACAAAAGGAAAAAAAAAAGCUGCACUGAAGACUAAGAAACUAGGUUCAGUUUAUUUAGAUGCUGGAGACACAAGCAGUGCAGAAGUGUUGCCUGAAUCAGAAAUAAAUAAGAGUGUUAGUGUUGAGGCCACACAUUCCAGAUACUUCAGAAAAAUGCCAGAAGAGGCUGUAGUUCCAGAGGGUGCCAGGGUGGCCAGUCCAGUACCCAAGAUGGAGCCCUGCCCUAUCUGUAAUAAAAAUUUCAGCUUGAACAAGAUAGAAGCCCAUGCUGCAACUUGUGGAGAAGAGCCACAAGAAGAAGUCAAUCCACUUAAUCAUUCCAGGUGUCUUUAUUGCAAUUCAGAGUUCCCGAAUGAAUUGUUGAAAGAACACCAAGCCCAGUGUGCCCACGGCAGUAACCACCAUAGGGUUGUCACACGCAAGACCAGGUCACACUAUAAUACUCUCAAAGAUCCAUUUAGUGUGGAAUCCAGGAAAAAAGAAAAGAGAAUGGCUUCCCCUGUAUCAGACAUCGAUGAAGAUUUUGAAGAAUUAAAUAUUGAAGUCGUUAAAAAAUCAUAGUAAUUUUUAGAAGCUCCACAUUGUCACACAUUUUUACUGACUCAGAGAAAAUAAAACUUGAUAAUUAAAGCCUGACAAAUUAUCAGACAAAAUGUAAUCACAAAAAUUAACAUUAAAGACAAUGUUCUUAGAUAAAAAAAAAGUUAUAUGACACAAUGAUAGUUGUAGUCAAUGUAUAUUUAGUGCACUUAACAUCUUUAUUUGUUUGUUAAUUUAAACCAAUCAUUUAUAUAGCAGUUAUUUCUGCUUCUGUUUUAAAUUUAUUUACAUGCAAAAGUUUAGACACAUUUCCUUAUUAGUUUUUAUGUUCUUCAGAACAUAGUUGGCAAGUUGUAUUUACAUUUUUUACUCUGAGGUAUUACAUGAAUACAUUGUUUCAGACAUCAUUGAAUAUAAGAAAUCUGUCAGUUGCAUUAAAAUUACAUUAUAGAUAGUUGUAUUUUUGAUCCCUGAAUGUUUGAAGCAAAUAAAAUAUAAAUAAAAUAAAGUUGUGAAUUUGUUAAAAAUUUAAAUUCAAGAAUUGUUGAAUUAAGCGCCUGAUUGUCUUUGAAAUGUUGAAAUAUAUCAUAUG